AUGGGUUGCAGCCCAGGAAAGUUGGAUGAACCUGCGACCAAGGCUGCCUUGGGAGCCAUCACCAAGGAGUAUCCUGUGCGAAUGCCGUGCUUGCCAGGUGAUGUGUUAGUGAGUGGAAACUUGCCCGAACACGUGGUGGGGCAGCUGGCGGACCACUGCAAAGGAUGGAUCUAUGUGAAUCCGGAUUCCGACCCGCACUUCAUGCCACAAGCAAUCAAGUCGAAAGGCUCCAAGUUGGAAGUCGUUCCCUUCAAGCCUGCCAAGGAUUUGUCCUCCGGCGUGGUUGAUCAAUUGGUGAAAGCUAUUGCGGAUAUGCCUCGGCCACUCAUGAUCCAGUGUACCUCAGCAAAUCGAGCAGCCAUUGCCCUUUUGCUUUGGCUGGCCAGGGAACGAGGCUACACCCGAGGCUCCGCCGAGCUCUUGAUCUCAGAUCUGAGUCUCGACACCGUGCGCCCCGACGCAGCGCAAUGGCUCAGCAGCCGCUUGCCCGAUCUGGAGACGCCAGAGAACCCCCGCGUGCUGGUGCCCAGCCCCGAGGUCCAGCAGCUCUUCGAUGUAGAGACCAGCACCUUCAGCUACCUGCUGAGCUGUCCGGAGACCUCCGAGGCGGUGUUGAUUGAUCCAGUGUUGGAGCAAAAGGAGCGAGACCUGAAGGUGAUCAAAAACUUGGGCCUUACCUUGAAGUAUGUCAUCAACACCCAUUGCCAUGCAGAUCACAUCACUUCGGGUGGGAAGAUACGUGAAGACAUGCCCUCUGUGAAGACCAUAAUCUCAGAAGCCUCAGGAGCGAAGGCUGAUCUGCACAUUCGGCAUGGGGAUAAGAUCAGUUUUGGCAAUCUUUGCUUGGAAGUGCGUGCUACUCCGGGACACACGGAUGGCUGCGUGACGUUUCUUUUGCAGACCAAGAGUGCAAGUUUUGCUUUCACGGGUGAUACUCUCCUCAUCAGAGGAUGUGGGAGAACUGACUUUCAGCAAGGUGAUGCACGUUUGCUGUACAAGAACGUGCAUGAGCAGAUCUUCACUUUGCCGGGCGAGACCUUCAUUUGUCCUGGCCAUGACUACAAGGGUCGCAGCAUCUCCACUGUGGAGGAAGAGCGACGUUUCAACCCACGCUUGACCAAAAGUGUGGAGGAAUUCGUCCAAAUGAUGGAGAAUCUGGGGCUGCCAUAUCCGAAACAGAUUGAUGUGGCGGUUCCUGGCAACAUGAUGUGUGGUGUGCAAGAUAGUCCAUGGGAUCAUCUUGCCAUUUGA